AUGAGCUCCGAAAAGGCCGGCCGCCGGCGCCGCUCGUCGAGCCUGAUGUACACGGAACCCCCGGAGUCUCUGGAGCACAUCAGCGACCAGGCCGCCCUGCCCAACCUCAACUCGCAAUGGGUCAACGCCAAGGGCGCCUGGGCCAUCCACUUCGUCCUCAUCGUUUGCCUCAAGAUCCUCUACGACAUCAUCCCCGGCGUGUCGCAAGAGACGUCGUGGACGCUCACCAACAUAUCCUACAUGUUCGGCAGCUACCUCAUGUUCCACUGGGUGCGCGGCGUGCCCUUCGAGUUCAACGCGGGCGCAUACGACAACUUGAACAUGUGGGAGCAGAUUGACAACGGUGACCAGUACACCCCGGCCAAGAAGUUCCUGCUGAGCGUGCCCAUCGUGCUGUUCCUCAUCAGCACCCACUACACGCACUACGACCUGACCUUUUUCCUUAUCAACUUCAUGGCCACCAUCGCCGUCGUCAUCCCCAAGCUUCCGGCGACACAUCGGCUGCGCCUAGGUAUUUUCUCCGACCCUCCGGACGAAAGCUAG